CAUUUUUAUGUCAAAGAUAAAAAAGUGUAACUCGGUUCCGUACAUUACAAUUGGGAAGAAAAGCAUAUUACUUGAACGAAAAAAAAAAGAAAACACUGAUUCUACUAAUGAUUUCGGGCGUUUUCUUUUUCAACUUGAAAGGCGAUAAUCUUAUUUGUCGGACAUUUCGGCAUGACUUGAAGAGUUCUAUUACUGAUGUUAUACGUGUUCACGUGCUUUCGAAUCCUGAACUACGGACGCCAAUUGCGACUUUUGGCUCCACAAGCUAUACUUAUGUCAGAAAUGAAGAUUUAUACAUUGUUACGGUUGCUAAAGGAAACCCAAACAUCAUUCUUUUACUGGAAUUCUUAGAACGUUUGGUUGAGGUACUGUCUCGGUAUUUUGAAAAGGUCAAUGAAAGUACCAUCAAGGAAAAUUUCGCAUUUAUUUACGAGUUACUGGAUGAAAUGAUUGAUUUCGGAAUUGUACAAAUGACAGAACCUCAUGCAAUUUCUCGAGCGUUGACCAUUAACCCGGUGAAAAAGAAAGAAUCAUCCAUUUUAUCAAUGAAACGCUCUACAUCUUCCCAAAACGUCACCAGCCAUUCAAUUGAUCACUCAAAAUCUGUACCAUGGAGAAGAGCAGGAAUAAGGUAUCGUCGUAACACAAUAUAUCUUGAUAUAGUGGAACGAUUAAACCUGCUUAUUAGCUCUACAGGCAACGUCUUACGAUCCGACAUUUCUGGAUCUGUACAUAUGCGAGCUUUAUUAUCAGGAAUGCCUGAGUGUCAAUUCGGCAUUAGCGAUAAGUUAGACUUUAAACUAAAGCAUAACGAAAAUCGACAGAAAUCUUCGCGUUCAGGAAAUGAUUCUACCGCAUCUGAAGGUAUAACGCUAGAAGAUUGCCAAUUCCAUCAGUGCGUAAAGCUUCCGGAAUUCGAAAAUGAACGCAAAAUAUCAUUUAUUCCCCCGGAUGGCGAGGUCGAGCUUAUGAGUUAUCGCUCCCAUGAAAAUGUUCACAUCCCUUUUCGGAUACAUCCAAUUGUUGAACAAUUGUCAAAACAAAAAUUAAUUUAUCGAAUUAGCAUCCGCUCAAGCUAUCCUCAUAAACUUUCUACGUCUCUUAGCCUUCGAAUACCUGUUCCGGAUAACGUGGCAAAAGCAAGUCCUAGAGUCAAUCGAGGGAAAUCUGGAUAUAAACCUUCGGAGAACAUUAUCAGCUGGAAUAUCCCUAACUACUUAGGGGAUAUGGAUCUUAUAUUGUAUGCUGAAGUCGAGUUAUCAAAUACUACCAAUCAGCAGCAUUGGUCUCGUCCUCCUAUUUCUCUCGAUUUUAAUAUUCAAAUGUUUGCUAGCUCAGGACUAAAAGUAAAAUAUUUACAUGUGCAAGAACCAUCUAACAGUAAAUACAAAAGCAUAAAGUGGGUUCGCUACUCGACACGUGCAGGCACUUGCGAAAUUCGUUUUUAGUUUCACACCAUCUUUCAUGUUUUUUAUGAAAACAUUCAUUUCAUAUUUAAUCGUUUUACAUUUCUACUUUGAGGCAUAACACACUAUCACAAAGAUAGAGUCCUAAAAUGACUAUUAACCGUGUAACUUAAGUAUUAGGGAAUAAAGUGAAUGCUAAGUCGUGCAAAAUAAGAGAAGGGAAGAAGACAUGACAAAAAAUAAGCUUUUUCAAUGGAUGCUUCUUAGUAAGCGAGAAAUCUUUUGCUGAGACUUGGAGACACUUGCUUCCUGUAGCUUAUCUAGCUCUUCAUUGACAACUUUCAUAUUAGGUUUUUCCAAAUACAAGGGAUAUCUAGUCAAAGUUUUAGCACUUGUGCCGUCUGGCAAAGAAUCGCCAGCCCGCCACUGUCGUAAAUCCUUUGGAACUUCUGGGUAAAUGAACGGUUCUUCCAUCUCGACGAUCGCGCGUUUUGUAGCUGCUUGUCUUCUCACUUGACCGUAUUCAUUUCGGUAAAGAGAUCCUUGGUAAAUGUUGGUUUUCACAGAAAGAGUUUUGAGGUUAUAAACAUGCAAUAAAUAAUCUCGAACGUCAAAUUUAUUCACAUUCAGAGGAACACGAAAGGCAGCAAAGUUGGGUGGUAAAUUUAGUCCUCGAUAUAAUAUAAACGGUAUAUUAGGAAAAUAUACGAGACGCUUUCCAGCAAUUUUACUCAUUUUGUUGUAUUAAGUAGAAAAGUUCAAAAAUUGAACAGCUUAAGGCUUUUUUACUUACACAAAUAGUGCACUAACAGGGAUUCCUUGUUGAAGUAUGAAACUAGAUCAAAGGAAAUGAUCAACGAAAAGAAAUUCGUAAAUGAAAAAAUUUUCUCCUUUUAUAGCCUUAUAAAAAAGGGUUUUAUUCCAAACGAUGGAGAAUAUGUGAAGUCCUGUCAAAUUAAGGAGGAUUGUAAGUAGGCAGGAAAGGUUACCUUACCUAUUCAGCUAAUAGCCAAGGUACUGGUGAAUCAAGAUCAAGGAUUAGGGAAUGUAAUUAAACUUAUUUUUAUCAUUAUUUAGAUGAUUAUCUUCUUUUUAGUCAAAAAAUGAAAUGUUAAAAGCGACCGGG